AUUUCGCCAAUAAUGUCAAUAUCGAGCACGAAUUUUAUCAGUUUGUCAUAAGCUUAAUUUUGGUAAAUAAAAGUAAAUGAGUUAAUGAGAUUUAAGAUUGCUGUUGAAAACAUAUAAAUUAUAGAUUCACCUGAGAAGUCCCAUCUGGGUAAAUACUGAGAGGACCCAUUGUCCCCAGGGCCCUAGUCCCGCCCUCUGGUCCAGCCCUCUGGUCCCGCCCUCUGGGCCCCCUCUCGUUUACAACACAGGGUUCAGUCAUCCAAUGGACUACGAUCGCUCUGUAUGUAUUUGCAUGAUAAUAAUAUAGACCAAUGGGUAGGGUGGGGGCGUGGUCAGUAUUCAUGUACCGGCUAGUGGUUUUCCCACUCGAACCUCCACAUUUCAAAAUAGAAUGGCGACUGCUGCCUGUGGUCUUCAGUCCACAGGAAACACCACAACCAAAUCCCACAAAGAACGCCAAAAGAAAGCGAAGGAUUCAGGACGGAGGCAAGCGGCGCUGUUGUUCCUCUCCAAUAUCUCGCUUGAUGGACGACCCGUGUGCCACAUUACCAAUGGAAGUAUCGAACAAAAAGACGUCGCCGAUCUCCACGUUAGAGACGUACCGGCCGGACCUCCGCCGGAGGGAAACCAGGAAUGUGUCGUCAAGGUGUCACCCACAGCCCCCGCUGCCGGCCCGGCGAUCGGCGCGCUGAGCCCCGGUCGCCCUUCUUUGGUAAUGUCACCGGGACUAGCAGCAAGUGUCGCCGUGGCCAAUGAAGUAUUUUUGGAGGGUGGUAGCGAAGACACGAUGCCCCUGUUGCUAGAAGCUCCUCUCUCCCCGAUCACUCCCGGACAUCCGUCCAGUGCCAGGUCGCCGUCUGUGUUCAGCCCCGUCCAAGGAGUCAGUGCCACACAUCUGGAUUCGCGUCAAAGAACUAGAAACGUCUCCGGCUCCCCUGGACCGAAGGCACCGAAGAAGGUCCACUUCAUCAGGAGUAUGAGACAGUACGACACCAGAGGAAGCAGGAUCAUGCUGAUAUGUGCCAAGCGGUCUCUAUUUGCCGCGUUCUCAGUGCUGCCCUAUGGAGACAGCUUUGAACUCAGUGACACCAAGCUGGAGGUCCAGAGGCAGAGGCUGUCCUCCGUGGUGGCCGCUGACCUCAUCCCGUCUCUGGAGGGCAUGGAGCUUGGAGCCUACGGCAAGACGGUGUCCUACGCCCAGUUCCUGUACCCGACCAACGCCCUGGUGCGGCCCCGGAGCAGCGGCCUGCCCGAGAGCUUCGCCGCCGCGCCCACUCCUCAGUCCCGUUUCCGCGGCAACGGGCAGAGGAAUCUCACCGCCCCUGCUCGCCUGAACAGCAGUGUUGCACAGGAGCCAUGUACGGAGGAGAUGCUGGAGUACGACCCCAGCUGGCUCAGCGACCCCCAGUGGCCCUGCGGCCGACACAAGAGAGUGCUGAUCUUUGCCUCCUAUGUGACCACCGUCAUAGAGUAUGUGAAGCCCUCAGACCUCAAGAAAGACAUGAACGAGACCUUCAAGGAGAAGUUCCCCCACAUCAAGCUGACGCUCAGCAAGAUCAGGAGUCUGAAGAGAGAGAUCCGUGCCAUGGGCGAGGAGGGCAGCCUCCAGCCGGUCACCAUAGCGAUGGCCUUUGUUUACUUUGAGAAGCUGGUCCUGCAGGGCCGCCUCAACAAGCACAACAGGAAGCUGGUGUCGGCGGCGUGCGUCCUGCUGGCCGCCAAGAUCAGCAGCGACCUGCGGAAGCCCGAGGUCCGGCAGCUCCUCGAGAAACUGGAGGAGCGAUUUCGUAUAAACCGACGGGAGCUGAUUCCUCUGGAGUUCCAAGUGCUGGUUGCCUUGGAGAUGGGCCUCUACCUUCCUGAGAGCAAGGUCAUGCCACAUUACCGCCGGCUGGUGAAGCAGGGCUAGCCCCCUGUGUAACGCUGGCCCUCAAGCAGAUUGACCUUCAUGGCGCCGUUCAAUAACGACGCAUUGAAACAAAAGUUGUUUGUCUCCACCGGUCGGCCCCCGACGCUGGGCGCGGCGCGAGGGGGACUGCGUGAACGUGUAGCCGGGACUGAAACACUGAUCCAAUGAGGUCGGGGGGCCUUUCCCCUCGGACAUCAUCGUCAGUGCAUCCAUCUCCGCCAUACCCUGUGGCAGACAUCUUUUGAAAAACAAAACAAAGUGAGUAAGUAUUUAGUGGUACUGUUUGUAUUAUGGAGGAUGUCUCUUCAUGAAGGAUGGGAUCAUUUUGAAACUCGUCGUUGGUGUUUGUGGCCUGGAAUGUAUGUGUGUGUAUGUUUUGUUUUGGCGUGGUAUUCUGGUGUCUAUCCAGCAUUGAACUCUAUGUUAGAGACAUUCAACCAGCACAUUGAUGGUGCUUUACUUUUGGUUUUGGGGUGUGUUCUUAUUUUAUACUUCUUUGUAUCGUUAACUAUUUAUGCCAUGUGCAAAAGGUACCAUUUUUAAAUGUUCUGUAUUUGUUGUGGUGUGGAACUGGUCGGUCUUCAUGUACCUGGUAACUAAGGAUCAUUUGCACUUUAAGCGUCUCUCCACAGGGCCGUGUAGUGGCUCCUACUGGCCCCGUCUGGUCCAGCUCUACUCUGUGUUUCUAUAAAUACACUGUGAAACAGGUGUGUCGUACAAUGAACUGUGGUCAGAAAGUAACGUCUUAGGCUGAUUUAGAGAUGGUGUUGUCGUCUUACCAGUGGGUCAGCAUGUUCCAGUGCAAAUGGUGGCCUUUUUUAUUGGGAGUAGAGUAUAUUUAUUUUGUGUUUUUUUUUUUUAAUAUUUAUAUGUGCUCCAGCAGAAUGCAGUCAGGGCUGACACUGUUUGGUCUACCACACUGUUGAUUAACGUUCACUCUUAUCAUACAACCGUUUCAAUCCAGCUUCAGUGUGCAUAUUGGUCUCGACAUUUUACACUGCGUUGCCAGUUUAGUGAUCUCUUUUCGAACACUUUUCAGUUCUCAGGACAUGACAUCAAGCUUUUAACGCAACUGUAGAAUGGUCAGAUAAACAGCAAAAAUAGUCUUGAUGGUAGUUCAACUCUAGUGAACGUCAAGGUUAAAACGGUGGGUGAUUUAUUCUGAGCCUCAACCUUUAUUCAUAUGGGAGUGAAUGUAUAAGCACACAGACGUGCUUUUAAUGUACCAAUACUGUCAUGGUAUUUAAUGUAUUUAUUGCGCAACGUUUGGCAGGAUUUAGCUGCACAAAACAUUACUAUGAACAAAGUGCCUACAACUAACCUUUGCAGUGAAAUGCAUCACCAUCUACUGACGAUGAUCCAUUCAACAUCUCAGUCACACAGCUACUGAAGUUGGGGUAUUCUAAGGGAUCACCAGUCCGUCCAGAAAGGACAGCCCUUGUAUUUCACUUUUAGUAGUUUAAUUAUCAAAUCGUUGCCUGCACGGGUAGAUGGGAUUACAUUCUGAUCUCUACUGCUUAUUGUCAAAGAGCUCUGUUUUACAUUUCUUGAUAUAGUGUGUUACUGUUCAAAACGUGUAUGAAUGUUUCAUUAUCAAAUGUUGAUAUUUUUUUUCCAACAAACUAUUUAAAAAAUAUAUAUUUUCAGAAUUGUGAACACCACAAGAAUGAAUUGUCUUUUAAUUCAGUCAACAGUUGUAUGAUUAUUACAGGAUUUGUUUGUUCUUAAAGGGUACCGAUACUGUGCGCAAAGCUACUCUUAUGGCUAGAAGAGCAACCAAAUCUUUAUUUUUAUUUUAAAUAGACCAGCAUGCUGAUGUCCAUUUUGCUGUUGAGGUGUCUUCUUACUGUAGACUGUGACUCCCAGCAGUGAUGUUUCAUCUUGCAAUGUGUCACACUACAUGAGGCUCUGUCUGAAACCACUCUGACUACACACUGCUUUGGCCACUGCCACAAUUUGUAUUCAUAAGUAUAUGUUCUUUGUUCAGUCACACUUUUAAAUAAAUAUUUACCAUCGUCUUUUAAUCCUAAUGAUGAAGUGGUAAAAGAAGCAUAAAUAAAUAAAUAAAUAAAUCAAGCAAUAAAACACUUCUAGUCUAG